CGUGCCCGCGGUGGUAGCGGCGGGGCGGGCCGCGCGCGGCGGCCGGAGGUCACCGGGAUCCCCCGAAUCCGCUGCGGGGUGCGGCGCCAUGUUCGGCUCCUCCCGGGGCGGGGUCCGGGGGGGCCAGGACCAGUUCAGCUGGGAGGAUGUCAAGACAGACAAACAGCGUGAGAAUUACCUGGGGAACUCCCUGAUGGCGCCGGUGGGGCGGUGGCAGAAGGGCAAGGACCUGACCUGGUAUGCCAAGGGCAAGAAGGACACGGGCCCCCCGUUAUCCCGGGAGGAAGAGCUGGCUGCCGUCCGCCUGGCUGAGCAGGAGGCCAUGAUGGCAGCACUGGGCUACAAGAGCUUGAAGAGGCAGCCCAUGGGCCUCAGCAAAGAGGACCUGGCUGAGGUGUGCAAGAGGGACGGUGCCGAGCGGGACGAGAAGGACGUGGAUCGGGUGGUGGGUUUGGGCAGCUCCAGUGGCAGCGCUGGCCGGGUGAUGCUCUCCAAGGAGGACAGGGAGGCAGCCAAGCUGGGGCUCUCGGUCUUCACGCACCAGAAAGUCUCCAGCAGCCCAGAGACAUCUGUCUCCAAGAAGCAGGAAAAGGAGGAGAAGGUGGAGGAGGAACGACCUGACAGCAGCAAAAAAUCCAAAAAGGAGAAGAAGAAGGAGAAAAAGAACAAGAAAAAGAAGAAACAUAAGAAGGAGAAGAAGAAGGACAAGGAGAAGCAUUCCAAGAAGGAUGCUGCCCCAUCAUCCUCCGAUUCUUCCCCGGAUCGGGAUAAGAGGCACCGCGGCAGGACAGCGCAGCAGCACCCGGCGGCGCCGCGGCACGGCGGCCGGCGGCGGCGCGACUCGGGAUCCUCGGCGGGCAGCGGCGGCCGCAGCCCCGCCCGCCCGCGCAGCCGGAGCCGGGACGGCCGCGCCCGCCACCCGUCCCCGCGGAGGAAGGGCAGGAAGAGGAGCAGGUCCCGCUCCCCGCCGGCCCGCGGGGCCCGGCAGCGCCACGACACCGACUCGGAGGACUGA